AUGGAUCAAAUGAACCUCCUCCCAAACAACAUCCAGAGGCUUGAAUCCUCAAGAGAUCCGUUGCAGGCCGCCCAGGGUGCUUGGAUGGUCCACUCCCACAACUCACCCAUACCGCCAUGGCCGUCUCAACCUUUGCCACUCAGCUCUUUGUACUUUACUCACCAGCCAGUUUUCCCACGACCCCCAGCUAGCUUAGGCCCUGUCCUUCCGGCUCAUUCUGGCCAGCAUGGCAGCUUGCCUCAUCCAGAUCGUAAUAUGCGUGGCUUCCAGAGUCAGGAACCUCUUCAUGGACUACCAUUGGCGUCACCGUAUUGGAAUGCACCCUUACAACCGAUUUCCGGGAUGUCAACUACGGCAUCAUUGAACACCUCAGAAGCAAACACAUCGACCUCGACCGGAGGGUUCGGAAACCUGAAUACGAAUGCGAGAGAUUUGGUAUUGCGUCCGCCUGCUGCGGCUGAUUGGGCCUCACGAGGUGCGACGUCAGCGACUCAUCCAGUGUCUCCCUCUCACCUUACGUAUCCUGAUGGUUCGCUGAACACUUCUGGCCAUCAGAUCGGUGCACCGACUGCAAUUCCUUCUUAUCCGGUAUCACCAAUUUCUCCGCGUCGCCCGGGCCAGACUGCGUCGCCAAGUUCCUUUAGACCUCAUCGACCACAACCGUCCACCGCCGGCCCGGGAUAUCGUGACAACUCUGGGCUUUUGACCCCAUCAUCCGACCGUCGUCGACAAGCACAUUCUCGGGCGCGGCGCACUCUGGGCACUCGGCAAUCUGGAUCGGAUCCUUCGCGACCACAAGACGAUUCUACAACGCAACAAAUGCUAGGCGACAGUCCAACCUCAAGGUCGAAUCGGCGAGGACCUCAUGGGUUGUCCGCUGUGCAAGUUGAAGAUAUGAUGAUGCGACAGAUGCAGAUGUUUCGCGGUACGGCGCAAAGUAAAAUGGUUGCGUCCAAAGCCGCUUUGCAGGCCCUUGAAAGCGUCGAGGUGUCUGCACUACCAGAAACAGAAAGAACUUGUGUAAUUUGUUAUAACGACUAUGGAGUUGCCAGCCCUGAGGGGAUCAACGAAGCUCCUCUCCGAAUACCCCAAUGUAAGCACAUCUUUGGGGAUCACUGCAUCAAGAAGUGGCUCGACGACUCAGACAGCUGCCCGUAUUGCCGGAGCAAGCUGCAGUCAGAGCCGAAACAUUCUUUUGGAUCUGCAAGAACGUUCAUGCAAAUGAUGAGACUUCGAGGAUUGCCUCUUCCUACUGGCGUUUCUGAGGAGAUGAUCGCUAGGGUGGUUAGCAGGCCUAUUGGGGAAUCCGAGCUUCAGGAAUUAUUCAUGCGUUCGGCUCGGUCAGCGGAAAGACGCUCGCCUCCAGACGAUGCCUCUGGGCAAGACCAACGUCGAACCCGACAGCGCCGCAGCAGCUCUGGAGUCACUGGUGACAGCCACAUUGCAGAUUUACGAGCGACACAAGCCUUCACAAGACCUGAUGGGCCGGGUCCUGAAUUGCAAUCGCAACCUGCGGGCAGUUAUUCAGGUUCAAUUUUUGAACAAAACACAUGGAUGGAGCUUCCAUCGCCACCUGCCUUUAUAUCUUCCGAGCCGUUUAGUAGCCAACUGCCGCCAAGAUCCAGUUUGGUAGGAGUCGGGCACAAUCCUGUUGCGAGUGGAAGGCGAGGGGCGGUUGCCGAGUCUUCUGCAUCCAGAGCAACGAGAGCCCGUAGAAUCGAUCUCCAAGGGACAGUGAUUGCCAAUGGGUCAUCUAUCCCGCCACCGGCAAUGCCCAAUCCGCUUCAAAGAUUGCCAAAUCAACGACGGCCAUCCAUGAGCAUACCCGGUGUAGGGACAACAUCAAGGUCUUCGUCAGCAACUCAGCCGAACACUGUGUCUAUGGCCGCCUCAUCAGCGCCCGAGGCAGAGUUGACACCACUUCGCCCAUCUAGAAACCGGCCAUGGUGA